AUGACCAGGAUCCCUUCUCCCAAAGAUGGAGAAAUAAAUAGAAAUGCAGGUGAGGGAGAACAAGCAUUGAGUGUCUUUAUAAUGGCUACACAAACUAGCCAUGUCUCCCACGAUCAAGAUAAUAAGUACGUAGAAAAUCACUGCACAAAGAGAAACACUGACAGAGACCCAAAGAAGCAGUUGAGCCAGAAGGAUGUCAGUGGACGUGGCCAAAAUCCAGAUGAUGGAUUACUGGUUACACAUGUUAACCAGACGCAAGAUUUACUGAGGCUGCGAGGACAGGAUACCCAGCCCUCAGAGUGGGAUGACUCACACGACUGGCUUUCAACUCACAGUUUAAAGUUUAAGAAGCUCACCUUGGCUGACCUGAUCUGCCAGGGUACAGCUGUACUGCUUUGCUUCUUCAGGGAGGAGGGCAGCAGUGCCAUGAAGAAAAUGCACUUCUCACCCCAGAUCAUCCACCAGUUUGAAGCAAAGCUUUCUGAAGCUAUUGAACUUUAUCAACAGAGAAUUCAGUGGCUCACAGAAAACAGCAAAAAGGCAUUUGGCCUCAUCGAGGGGGCCAGAGUUGGCAUUCUCAUUGAUGUGUCAGCCAUCAGCAGUGGCCCUCGGAAAGAAGAAUUUCAAAAUGACCUCAUGAGCCUCAUCGAUGAGCAGCUGAGUGGCAAGGAGAAGCUGUACGUCCUGUCCUUUGGCGCCACCACCAGCACCCUCUGGCCAGACCUGGUGGAUGUCAGCACCUCCAUUCUGCAGGAAUUCAAGCUUUGGGUAAAGCACCUGCAGCCCGAAGGAGGCAGCAAUCUGCUGCAAGCCCUGAAGAAAACCUUUUCUCUAAAGGGGCUGGAUUCCCUGGUGACCAUAUUAGGAAGCUGCCCAGAUCAGCCUGCUGAAAUCCUGUCUGACUAUAUCCAACAGUCCACCAUGGGCACAGACCUCCACGUCCACAUUGUCACCUACAAAUGCAACGACCAGGUGCCCCCGGCUGUCCUGAAGAACAUUGCAGAAGCUGCUGGGGGCCACUGUCACUGCUACACCCCAGGGACAGAGAUCUGCACCAACCCGGACAUUGACCAGCUGCUGGUAGAAAUCCAGAAGGCCCAGCACCUCCUGGGCCACAUCCAGGUUCUGCGCCACAGUGCCCCCAGUGAGGAGCUGUCAGGCAUCAUGAAGGAGAUUUCCACGGAGAUUGCAAAAGGGCCACUCAGAAGUCUCUUGCCUAAACCCCCAAAGCAUGAAGCUCCCCUCACAAUUGAGUUCCCAAAUUUGGACAAGACUUCUGCAGAAUGGCUAAAGGACAAUGGCCUAAAAGCCAAGAAGCUCAGCCUUUAUCAGGUUCUGGCACCCAACGCAUUCUCUCCCAUUGAGGAAUUUGUGCCUAUUCUCCAGAAAACGGUAUCAUCAACUAUCCAUGAGAAGGCAAUGGUACAAUUUCAAUGGCAUGAUGGGACAGUCAGGAAUGUUCAUGUGGACCUGCCCUUCCUCUAUGAGUACCAGAAACAGCUCAGCAGAGCUAUGCGGAUAUACGAGAGGCGGAUUGAAUGGCUCUCACUGGCCAGCAGAAGAAUCUGGGGCACCGUCUGUGAAAAAAGGGUGGUUAUACUGCUCGAUAUCUCUGCGACCAAUUCCAUGUACAUUAUUCAUAUCCAGCAUUCCCUGCGACUUCUGCUGGAGGAGCAACUGUCCAACAAGGACGCCUUCAAUGUCAUCGCGUUUGGAAGCUCAAUCGAAAGCUGGAGGCCCGAGAUGGUUUCCGUGAGCCAUGACAAUUUACAAAGCGCUUGGCAGUGGGCCCUGACCCUACAGUGUUGGGGCAGCAGGAAUAUCCUCAGUGCCCUGCGGAAAGCUGUGGAAGUGGACUUCAAGGACAGAGACAAACAGCAAUCACAGGGCAUCUACCUCUUCACAGGGGGCAUUCCUGACCAGGACAUGCCCGUGCUCAGUGCCUACAUGGCUGAGGCCUGUGGGGGCUGCGACCUCCAGCUGAAUGUGUGUCUCUUCUACGUGGGUGAGCCACAGAUGAACACCAUGCCCCCUGCCUGCUAUGCCAGCUGCACUGACACGGCCGCUGCCUACAGAGAGCUCACCCAGGCUGCUGGUGGCCGCUUCCACUGGUUUGGAGACACAGGCAUUUACGAAAGUGAUGACAUCAACGCCAUCAUGUCUGAGAUGGAAAAAGCUCUCAACUACUCCCAAAAGUGUGCCUUAUUAGUGUCCUCCCUGAAGAACGAGUCCAGGAAAGUCCUUGAAAGUGCAGCCCGCCCAGAACAGCCAAAGAUGCUCAAGCAAAGAAGUCAGCCCAAGAAAUUUUGCAAAACCACAGUUCCCUCGGUGGUCAAAAUGAGUAUUAAAGAUGACCCUGAUGGAGAGAGAAGUCCCUUAUUGAAAGCUAUGGUGUGGUGGCCACUCAGUGGUAAAGCCACAUGCCCUCCGGCUGCAGCCCAGUCAGGCAGAAAGGACACUGCAGAAUGGAAGAGGAAGACCCAGGCGAGGGAAGCAGAGAUGUCUCUCUUACUGUUUUAUACAGCAACUAGGAAUAACACGGGCUCAGUGAACAGGAAGUACUCUUGAGGAAGAAGCAUAAGAAGGAUUAGCUCUUCUAUUGAAUUGCCCAGAGAGGAUAUAAUCUGCUCAAGCCAAGAAUGGGUGGCAAAUUACGGGCUAAAAAAACUGAAGAUGGAGAUCUCCAGAUGCAUUGGUCCCAAUUGCACUCAUCAGAAGUCAGCACAGAGGCUGGCGGCAGCCACAUACUGCAGCAUCUCCCCCGGUGCAGGGGUCACUGGGAUGGUGAGAUGCAUUCAGUGGACACCCAGGGAAAUUGAAACAUACAUCAUGUGCCUCAAGAAGGUGAUGAGACACUAUGUCCCGAGGCUGCAGAGGCUGCUGUCAGGGAGCCACCAACUGUUUGGUGCCAUUUUGGAGAAAAGAGUGUGCAUCCUGCUGGACACCUCAGGGUCCAUGGGCCCCUACCUGCAGCAGGUGAAGACAGAGCUGAUUCUGCUGAUUUGGGAGCAGCUGAGGAAACACUGUGACGGCUUUAACCUGAUCACCUCUUCUGAGGACCUACAACUGUGGCAGGACUCUCUGGUGGAGACCUCAGACACAGCAUGUCAUGAGGCCAUGCAGUGGGUGACCCACCUCCCUGCUCAGGGCAGCACCACAGCCUUGCAAGCAUUAUUGAACGCUUUCAGUUUUCAUGAUGUGGAAGGAUUGUACCUCCUGACCGAUGGCAAGCCAGACACAAGCUGCAGCCUUAUUCUAAGUGAAGUGCAAAGACUCAAGGAGGAGCAGGAUGUGAAAAUACACACCAUUUCCCUGAGCUACAUGGGCAGAUGGGCCACAGGGAGGUGGAGAUUAUAACUUCUGAGAAAUCUGGCCUCCCUCACUGCGGGGCGCUAUCACUGUCUUGUUGGUGACAACCUGCUCUUCCAAAUUCUCCGCCUGCUGACCAAGAGCCUCAUGGUUGAAAUGGACUCAGUGUUGCCAUUAUUUGAAGGAGAUGAUUUAAGGAGAUUGGCCCAGGAGAUCUCCAAGGCCAGAGGCUUCCUUUGGCAGGCCCAGUCAUUCAGGUCCCAGUUGCAGAAGGAAAACAAUACAUAA